AUGUCGAAAAGACUUAGUUUAGGCAGUCAUUUUCUCAGUCAUAAAAAAAGAGAAGAUCUAUCAGAACUAUUUACAAGCUUUGAUAAAGAUCAAGAUGGCAGAUUAUCACACAAGGAAUUGGAAGCAAUGCUACUCUCUGCAGGAGUAGAUAACUUAGUAGUCACUGAUAUGAUUCACGAUGUUCAAAAAAGCGAAUCAACAAACGGCGAUAGUAUAGGUUUCGAAGAAUUUGUGCAACUUAUGAGACCCACCUUAGCCAACCCUUAUCGUCUUACAAAAAAGCAACAAGAACUGAAAGAAGCCUUCGAUGCCUUUGAUAAGGAUGGUGACGGUGUCAUUAAUGUGCCUGAACUGAAGGCAAUGAUGGACAAUUUAGGGGAUAAAAUUACUUUAGCUGAGACACAGGCGCUCAUACGAGAUGUGGACUUGGAUAAAGAUGGCGUUGUCAGCUUUGAAGAGUUCUGUAUUAUGAUGGGGGUUGAACCAAAACACAACAGCAGUUUUACUAUUAAAAGAAGCAGUUGGAUUCGCAAUAAGCAAACGAAAACAUGUGAGCAUCAUCAUAGUUCUUCCAUCCGCAAAUUCUUUUGCACACAUAAAAAAUAA